AUGAUAUCGCCUCUGCGCUCGCGGCUUGGGAAUGCCACCCUGCUCGGCGCACGUCGCCAUAUGCGACUAGUCUCUACAACAUCGCAUCCUCAGCCCGUUUCGCCAUUGUCCUUUGAUCUUCAUGCGCCUGCAAAUCCUAAAGCAGAUGAGAAAACGACGCCAAUCAUCUUUCUUCAUGGCCUUUUCGGAUCUAAAAAGAACAACAGAGGAAUCAGCAAAGCUCUAGCCAGAGAUCUGAGGACUCAUGUAUACACAGUGGACCUUAGAAACCAUGGAGAAUCGCCUCACGACCCCCGCCAUGACUACACAGCCAUGACGGAAGAUAUCCUGGCCUUCAUCGACGACCAUGGCCUGAAGGAGCCCAUCCUGAUAGGCCACUCCAUGGGCGCCAAGACGGCUAUGGCGGUUGCCCUCCGUUCUCCUGAGACGGUAGCAAAAGUCGUCGCGGUUGAUAAUGCACCGACCGACACCAUGCUCAGCAGCUCCUUUGCUACCUACGUCCGAGGGAUGAAAAAAAUCCAGGAGGCCAACGUUACCCGCCAGUCUGAGGCGGAUGCCAUUCUCAAAGAUUACGAAGAGUCACUGCCCAUCCGUCAAUUCCUGCUCGGGAACUUGUUUCGUUCACCAGAGGAUGGGAUCCAACGAUUUCGUGUCCCGUUGGACAUUUUGGGCCGAUCACUAAACCACCUUGGAGACUUCCCCUUUAAAAGCUCCCAAGAUGCACGGUACACUAAGCCAUCACUUUUUGUGCGAGGCACUCAAAGCAAAUAUGUGCCAGAUGACGUGCUGCCCGCCAUUGGCCAAUUUUUCCCCUGCUUUCGUCUAGCAGACAUUGAUGCUGGGCACUGGCUGAUAUCGGAACAGCCUGAGGCUUUCAGACAAGACUGCGUCUGGUCAUUUCAAGGUACGACGCACAAACCCGGUACUUUGCGUCGCGGCGUUGCAUUGGGAGAGGUAAGCCAUUGCAUUGCCGCUGUUUGCUGCUGCUUGCCCCCUCGCAUCCGCCACUCAUCUCGCCAAUCCCCCAUCUCGGGCAUGUUGCCCUUAGUACAGACGCACCCUCGCGUGGUGCCCACCAGCUUCGACGCUUUCGGCGCCUCGAGCAGCGGCCGUGGCGCCCGGCCAGAGCAGGAGAGGCGAGCUAUCGCGUCUCCCUACCAUCCCCCCUCGACCAUCCGACCGUUUCAGCUGCAGCAUGACAGCUCGACCGUUUCUGCCGGCUCAGGCGCCCGAGACUACGACCAUCACUUGCGCAGGAAAACUCCAAGAGGCACCAUCGACGCGGGAUACGAUGGAUCGCCAACGCAGCUGGCGCCUGGCCCGCCGCCGCUGAAGCAGCUGAUACUUCCAACGCCCUCAGGGAUAUACCCAUAUAUGCCGCCUAAUAAUAUUCCUUUUCAUGCAAAAUCCCGUCUUUUAGAACACGACCAGAGGGGUCUGGGGCAGGCUCCUCUUCUGACAUCACCAUGGCCUGUCGUCCAGGAAAGGCCAAACUUUGUUCUUAGUAGCGACUCCUCUAUUGCCUUUCAACAGUCUAAUCUCUCCUGGCAGUCAAACGGAUACCCCAUGUUCAGCCAGAUCCCAGGCAUGUACCAGCCGCUUAUGAGAGCGGCCGAGUACAAUGUGCGAGCCUUCUGCCCACCACCUGCCUCAGCAGCGGACACUGCGAUGAUCAAUCAGUUUGGCUGGCACCCAGGCUUUAUGCAGCCCAGCUCCGCGCAGCCAAACUAUGGGUACCUCGAUACCUCUUCGCAGUUUCCACACCUGCCUAUAGCAGGGUUGAAUGCCAACGCCAAUGUCCCACGGUCUUCUCAACCAAUGCCGCACGGAGGCUACGGGGACCAGAACAUCAUUGAACAUGCUUCAUCUACCAACAACCAGCGUCUUUCUCGAUCGAGCUUUACAGAAAAGGCGUUGUCGCAAGCUCAAGACCAUUAUGUUGAAUUACUGUCCUACCUGCAAACUGCUAGGAAAUUCGAUCAGAUGACUGGCGCCAAUUCCAACGCAAGAUCCAAAAUCUUGGUAUUAGAUUAUAGCCAUGUUGAGGCUAUCACAAAUAUAGCCGCCACGCUUUAUUGUCUUAACCGCCAAGAAGAAGCUGAGAAGCAUUGGUUAAAUGCCAUCAAGCUAUGCCCUUCUCAUUUAGAAGCUACGGAACAGCUCGUCGGGCUGCUUUACAAGAAACGUAGCCGAGAAGCAAUCGAGAUUAUUUGCUUCGUGCAACAAGCGCUGAAAUUACCCAAGGAACGCUCAACUCGGACCAUGUACUCAGCCUCGGCCUCAGACUUUCGUCCCGUGCCUUGCGACGAUGACCUUACGAGGAAUGUGUGCGCCCAACAACCAUUCGGGUCUAGCGGAUACGCCCUCCCCAACAGUGAAAAUGGCAGAAUCUUGGCAUUAGUUCAUGCCAAGGGCACGAUAUUGUAUGGCCUAAAAGAUAUUGAAAAAGCCUCCGAGGCAUUCGAAGAGGCCGUCUUGAUCAGUGUGGGAGAUCGGAUAAAAAGCGUCCAAGAUCUGGUGAAUCGAAUCCAUGUUGUGCUUUCUCCAGCAGGGUCUUUCCCGGUCAAUAAUAACCAAGGACAAGCUUCACGGCGACCUCUUUUGCUACCACCAGAAAAGGCUCGCCAGACUGCCCAUCUUGUCUUUGCUGGUGGCGGCGGAGGCAGCGAGUUACCUGGACUGGCAUUUGUUCCAGAGGGCGCCGCUAGGCGGGUUGCGGUGCAAACGACGAGUAAUGCUUUACUUUCACUAGCAAAGAUCUUUCAAGAUGCUACGUCUGGCGGUGGCAUCGCCCCAAGUCUGCUCAGACAGCCCUCUGGGAUCGGGGAUAUCCUAGCUUUGUACUAUCUAUCUCUUUCUCUACAAGAAAGCCCUUCCACUGCAAACAACAUCGGUAUACUCCUUGCCGGCGUGCAGCAGAUCGGUUCAAACAAUGUCGGUGCGACGGGGAUGGCAGCCUCCCGACCUAGUUUGCCUGGUAUUGUGCCAGGCAGCGGCCUUGCCCUCGCUUUGGCAUACUAUAACUAUGGGCUUCGUCUUGACCCUAGACAUGUUCAUCUGCACACGAAUCUUGGGAGUCUUUUGAAAGACGUGGGGCAAUUAGACCUCGCAAUUCAGAUGUAUGAGCGAGCAGUCUCUUGCGACAGAACUUUCGACAUCGCUUUGACCAAUCUGGCCAAUGCAGUAAAGGACAAAGGCCGUAUAAAAGACGCUAUCGCCUACUACAGGCGAGCUGUAGAAGCGAAUCCAGGAUUUGCCGAAGCCGUCUGCGGACUUUUAACAGCUCUCAACUCCGUGUGCGAUUGGCGCGGCAGAGGAGGAGCGCUGCUUGAAUCAGGCCAAUACGACCGAUGGCACGUGGACGAGAGCGGCGCUCUUGUAGAUGUGCAGACAGACAUGCGUGGGAGCGGCCUUACACAACGAGUGAUUGGUAUCAUAAACCAGCAGCUGGGCGAUGCGUCACGAUGGGGCUGUAAUAUACUGCGGCAACCGACGAUUCAUAUGUUGGCACAACAGCUUCAGGGCUUCACUCGCACACCGGGAUUCGAUUUGGAGAAGGCGCUGCGUGCUUGGGCUCAUAAACCGUGGGAAGGCCCGCGCCUGGUGCGCCUGGUCGAGCGGGCCACAAAAGCCAUCCUCUGGACGUGGUAUCAUGACAAGCACGUUGCCAAGAGAGAGACGACGCCUGCGCGCUAUCUGCGGCCUCAGCUACCCUCGUCUCUCACCGUACCAUCUGCGCCAACCGUGCUUCCUUUCCACACCUUCACAUACCCCUUGUCGGCUAAAGAUAUACGGUCGAUCUCCCAGCGCAACGCAAUGCGUAUAUCAUGCUCGACUCUUCGGUCUCCCUGGCUGCCGCCUACCGUUUAUCCGCCACCGCCGCCGCCAAGUCCCCAUUUGAAUGUUGGAUACGUGUCAUCCGACUUUAACAAUCAUCCACUCGCUCAUUUGAUGCAGUCUGUGUUCGGGUUUCAUAACCCUCGGCGAACUCGCGCUUUCUGCUAUGCCACCACCCCUAGCGACAGAUCUGUUCACCGACAACAGAUUGAGAGAGAGGCUCCUGUCUUUCGCGAUGUUAGUUCUUGGCCAGCAGACAAGCUUAUCCAACAGAUUAUCCAAGAUGAAAUUCACAUCUUGGUUAAUCUGAACGGUUACACCAGGGGUGCGCGCAAUGAGAUAUUCGCUGCUCGCCCAGCCCCAAUUCAGAUGUCCUUUAUGGGAUUUGCGGGGACUUUGGGCGCGGAGUGGUGCGAUUAUCUACUCGCUGAUGCAACAGCUGUCCCACAAAGUACUUUGCGUCCUUGGAGGGCAAAUGCCAGCAUCGAGGAUGUAUUUUUCGACAACACUGAAGGGGACGACCUGUCGUGGAUGUAUUCGGAAAACAUCAUAUUCUGUCGGGAUACCUUCUUCUGCUGUGAUCAUGCACAGUCGUGCGAUCGUGGCGAGCGUGACAUAACUUGGGAGGAUGAAGAGAAGCGCAGGUGGCAGAUGCGCAAAGAGCUGUUUCCGACAAUAGCAGAUGAUGCAAUCAUACUGGCAAACUUCAAUCAACUGUACAAGGCAAAAGUCAACUUGCGUCGGACAGCUGAAGCUUGGGCCGGAGCAGAAGUUGCUAGUCGACUCAUCUUUACUGACGUAGCACCAAAGAGCCAACACAUCACCAGGGCGAGAGUGUGCGAUCUGUUCCUUGAUACCGCGGAAUGUAACGCUCAUACGACCGCUGCUGACGUCUUGUGGUCAAGCACUCCGCUUCUCACUUUGCCUCGAUACUCUUAUAAGAUGUGUUCUCGAAUGGCUGCGUCAAUCUUGCGAGGGGCGCUUCCUAAAACAGCUGAAGGCGAGCAAGUAGCAGUUGAGUUGAUUGCAGAAAAUGAGACCGAGUAUGAAGAUUCAGCCACGGAAUUAGCUGGAGGCUUGAGCUAUACGAUGACAGACGAAGGAUAUGGCCAAGGCAUGGGGCGCCUAGCAGAAAUAAGGAAGCUAUUAUGGGACAGCAGAUGGCAGUGCGGGCUCUUCAACACUCGACGGUGGGUAAACGAUUUGGAAUCAGCCUAUGAGGAGGCAUGGCGGCGGUGGGUUUUGGGUAAGGGUGGUGACAUAUAUCUAUAAAUAUCUAGAUGGUACUACUCGCUGUGGAUUUGGGACUUACAGUUAAGCGGCUUGGUUUAUGGCGUUUCUAGUUUUCUCUUUUCUCUUUUCUCUUUCCUCUUUGGCGUUACUUACACGGAGCCACACACAAAGGUUUACGAGUGCGAGAAGAUAUACCUAUAUCUGGCUAGCUAGCUGACGGCUGCUACGGAUAGCAUUAUGCCAUAUAAUGCAUUUUAAUACUGCCCUUGGAUGGCAUUGGAACUGUUCC